GAGUUGGAGCAAGUUCACUGUCAUCUCUUAGUUGAGCAAGUGGUUCUUUGAGCACUAUCUUCACAGCAAUCAUGUCUGGACGUGGUAAAGGAGGAAAGGCCAGGAGCAAGAGCAAGAGCCGCUCUUCCCGUGCUGGGCUUCAGUUCCCAGUUGGCCGUGUUCACCGACUUCUCCGCAAUGGCAACUACUCCGAGCGUGUAGGUGCUGGUGCCCCAGUCUACCUGGCCGCAGUCAUGGAGUACCUGGCUGCUGAGAUCCUUGAGCUGGCUGGCAACGCCGCUCGUGACAACAAGAAGACCCGCAUCAACCCCCGUCAUCUUCAGCUUGCUAUCCGCAACGACGAGGAGCUGAACCGUCUUCUGUCUCAUGUGACGAUCGCACAGGGUGGUGUUCUGCCGAACAUCCAGGCCGUUCUUCUGCCCAAGAAGACUGGUCAAGCCAGCAAGAAGGCCUAAGUCUCUACUGCUAUGCUGUGCAACUAACCACUGCAACGAACUCAACCGGCUUUUUUCAAAGCCACCACAAACAAUCAAAAGAAAGCUAGUUCUGUUAUGUAA